CUCACGUAGCAGGUUUGUUUUGUAAUCAUUGCUAACAACCUGCUGUAACUUCGUGUGUCCACCAUCCACUCAUGCAUCUAGUGCUUUCAGCGGUGUAAUAUUCGCGAUGUGUGCAAGAAUGAAGUGAUCCGGGCGCCGAGUGCAGUUUGCUGUGAACCCGUGCUGGCUGCAUGGUGCUCGGUCUCUCCUGUCGAGACGCUGCCUUGCUUUUUGACGCCUGGGGUUGCAGUCUGGCCUCUAGCCGCGGCUGCGAAUUAACUUCACCUCUCAGCAUUGCCUUGCUCUGAAAUCAUGUUUGUUUUAUAAAGAUGCCGGUGAGGGGGACACUGUAAACUAAAUGACUGUCAGAAAUAUCGCCUCCAUUUGUAAUAUGGGCACCAAUGCCUCUGCUCUGGAGAAAGACAUCGGUCCGGAGCAAUUCCCAAUCAAUGAACACUACUUUGGAUUGGUCAAUUUUGGAAACACGUGUUACUGUAACUCAGUGCUCCAGGCCUUAUACUUCUGCCGGCCCUUCCGGGAGAAUGUGCUGGCCUACAAGGCCCAGCAAAAGAAGAAGGAGAACCUGCUCACAUGUCUGGCUGACCUCUUCCACAGCAUCGCCACGCAGAAGAAGAAGGUGGGCGUCAUCCCGCCCAAGAAGUUCAUCUCCCGUCUACGGAAGGAGAAUGACCUGUUUGACAACUACAUGCAGCAGGACGCCCAUGAAUUCCUCAACUACCUGCUGAACACGGUGGCUGACAUCCUGCAGGAGGAGAAGAAGCAGGAAAAACAGAACGGACGCCUCAAGAACAACGGCACCGCUGUAACCACAGAGAACGAGACAGAGAACAAAACUGAGCCCACCUGGGUUCACGAUAUCUUCCAGGGUACACUGACCAACGAGACCCGCUGCCUCAACUGUGAGACGGUUAGCAGCAAAGAUGAGGAUUUUCUGGAUCUUUCUGUGGAUGUGGAGCAGAAUACAUCAAUAACGCACUGUCUCAGGGACUUCAGCAACACAGAGACCUUGUGCAGUGAAUACAAAUACUACUGCGAGACAUGCUGCAGCAAGCAGGAAGCACAGAAACGGAUGCGUGUCAAGAAGCUGCCUAUGAUCCUGGCUCUGCACCUGAAGAGGUUUAAAUACAUGGAGCAGCUGCACCGCUACACCAAGCUGUCCUAUCGCGUGGUCUUCCCCUUAGAGCUGCGUCUCUUCAACACGUCCGGGGACGCAGUCAACCUGGAUCGCAUGUAUGAUCUAGUGGCCGUCGUCGUUCACUGUGGCAGUGGUCCAAACAGAGGUCAUUACAUCACCAUAGUGAAGAGUCACGGCUUCUGGUUGCUGUUUGAUGAUGACAUUGUGGAGAAAAUUGAUGCCCAGGCCAUUGAGGAGUUUUACGGGCUUACCUCAGACAUCUCAAAGAACUCCGAGUCUGGAUACAUCCUCUUCUACCAGUCCAGGGAGUGACUGGACCGGGAUCUGUGACGCGGGAGAGGACAGGACAGGAUGAGACCUUUUUAACUUUUAGCCUAACUGACCUGGACUCUUGCCACCUCCAUUGCCCCUUCCCCCGUCCCCUUCCCAUCCUGUCGCCCUCCUCCACAUCAAAAAAACCUCUCUGAGACAUGUGCCAAGACCAUCCUCUGUCCCACGGCUAGUCGCUGGGUUUACCUGCACUUCAUCUCCCUGUUGUCCUUUUCCUCGCGGCCCCUCCCUCGGCCUGCUGGGAAGUCUGUAAUUUGCUUCUUGCCCUUCAGUCACCUGCAUCUGGACUGCACUUUAGAACAAAAGCAACAAAUGCUCACACGACGAUGAGGAAGAAACACAAAGGAGUCCGCAUCCACAAUGAGUGCCCUUGAUGUGGGCCCUCUGGCUAGCCAAUGCUCCUCUCCGGGUUUCCAGGAACACACUGUGGCAAAGGGACUGGUGCACAGACUGUUGUCACUAAUGGUAUUGUAUCAUUCAUGUGUAUAUAAGGUCUGCUUCCACAAUGUGUCACACACUCAUAAUUCCUCUCAUUAGGGCUGUCCCAUGACUUUUUGCUAACACUGUCUAGUUUUUUGUCUUAAACCCUGGUGGAUGCAUGAGCUUGAAGCAAAUGAAGUUGGAGACAAACACUGUAUAAUACGCAUAGAGAGGUUUCAUACAUUUCCAGUAGCUUUGAAGUAUCUGAGCAUUUAUUUGGGAUGUCUCGACAAAAUCUGUCAAUUAUUGGACAAUUGGGUAAAGUUGCUUGAUGACAGUAUGGAGGUUGUCUAAGUCCCAUGGAGUAUCACACGCAGCAGCUGCUCUGUUUGUCUAAGCAAAUGGUGAUCCAGCACUUCUUAACACUUUAUCCAAGUGAACCACAUGCUCUAACACUAGACAAGUAAGGAGGUUCUUCUGUGUGUAAUAGAAGCUGACCUUUCUCUGUCACAUCCAAUAUAGAUCGCCAGUCAGACCAGUUGAAUCCUUAGACCUUUUAUCUUGAUAUAAAUUCCCUAUUUAUUGAACUUAUUUAUUACUGUUUGGUAUUUGUAAUGUUGACUGCUGGUUAAUGGAGGUAUGUGUGUAGUACGGCUCCAUCGAGAGCUUUGUAUGUUAGACUCCCGUCUUUUGUCGAGGCUCUCUCAGUGUGAAGGACGAGUUUUGCGUGGUACACAAUUUGUGUAGGCCUGAUUUGUCUCGGUUUGGGUCGGGCUGAAACACGACUUUAUAUUUUGUGUGUACGUUUUGCGUGCGUGUGCUGAAGACGGAUUCAGAUGGAAUACGAGAAACAAAACUCAUCUGCCUAAGCAUUCGAUUGAUGUGAAAAAGUGAAGAUAGUGCAAUAGGACUUGAAGUUAUCCAAUGUCGAAUUUCCCAGUGAGGCUAGUAUAUAUGUGUCGGUGUACGGUGUGUUACAUGUGUUUUAUUACCAGCUGGUCUCUUCUCUGUGCUGUGUGUUUGUGUGCUCAUGAUAUCAAACAGCCCCUCCUUCACCACAUGCAAUGUAGAGAGCUGGUGUCAGCUUGUAACAUUAGCUGGGAUGUUGUUUACGACGUUCCUUCGCCCAUCUUUUUCUUAAACCUACAGUGAUGACCCUUUUUGAUAAGUGAUAUUUUUCAUUCCUAUGUUGAACUACAGUAUGUGUAAAUUUCUUUACCUCUUGGUUUGUUUCCAUUAGACAUUUGACUUGGAUGAUGUAAAUUGUGUGUCCACUAUGUAGCACAUUGGAACAUCUAAUUUCCAUUGUAAAAGUCCAGUUUACAUGCUCUGUAUCGCUUCAUCCAGUGCUGAUGUUGUUGAACUCCCUGCUAGAUUUUUUUCCCUCCAGUCCCCAGGGUUUGUUGCCAUGCACUGUAGAAGAGAGCGACAUCAAAAAGCUGGUUUUUCAUGUGAAUGACAUUCCAGUUUGCUGCACAUCAGAGGAAAUUACCAUUUCAAAUGCAUCUCAUUAUAAAUAAGGGGUAGUCAUAGGAUUGAUUUGCUUGCUUAGUGUCUGUGUAUAUGAAAGAGACAGACUUUAAGAAGAAGGAAGCUGGAGUAGUCCCCUCUUGGAUAUUGAAUGAACUUGUCUCUGCCGUCUCUUCUGUCUGGUCUAUGUAAAUGGGUCAAGUCACAUGGAAUACGUGCCAAACUGGAGAUGCUAAUGAUUUUGCAAAACUGGAACAGUCUUUAACAGAACAUUAUUUUCUUUGUAAAGAUACAACUGUACAUAUAUAUUAUGUAGAAAAAAAAAACACUCCUGAAAAUAGGAACAUAUUUUUUUAAAUUCAAGAAGCUUAAAAUGUAAAGAUGAAUACUCUCAUGGCAAAGAUUUUAGCUUAAUCUUGACCAUCGACGAAAUCCUGUAAGAAGUACUGUGCUGUUUUACAAUCAGUUAAUUACAUAAUCAGUCACCGAAUUAAAGUCACAAUCUGUCGUAUUGGGAUGCUCUUUGUGUCAGGUUGAACUGAGCCAUGGUAGGAAAAAGAAAAACAGUAGCCAGAAAUAGUCUGAGACGUUUUAGACCUGGGUGGGAAGAGAGACUCUCUCGAUGUGCUGAUCUUCCAUUAACACUUAUGCACAUGCCCUCACUGAGAUGCUCAGUCAUUGCACUUCUGACGUGGUCUUAUUCUAUAUCUAUUACUGUGAUAGUGUUCUACCUAGGAGACCUCAGGUGCAGUGUCUUGUGUGGAGAAGGACUGUACCGGGUACAAUCUGAUGAUGGAGGUCGUGGGAGAGAAAAGGGAGAUCAGAAGAACUCUCCCUCUCUCUCUGCUUUGUGUAAACUGAAAGUGCACUUUAUUAGUGAUGAGCUUAAAUGCUUUAACAUGAAGAACCACAGUCUAACACGGUAAUUUUGAGUUUUUCUUCUGUUCAAUAAAAUGAUUUUAUCAACUAA